CAAACACACGCUGCUUCUCAGGAGGACACGCAUUUCCUCGAGAAGCAGAUCGAACGUGUUUGUCUGAGCUGGACGGGCGCUGGACCCAAGGAGCGGCUGGGGCGCCAUGGUGUCACAACCUGGGGGGUCAGAUCUGAUGGUGCCAGAGUGACGAUGGUGUUCGGCCAGCAGACUCUCAACGCCGGACCGCUGCUGCACUCGGCAUCCCCCGCGUACCUCAUGUUCCCCAACUCCAGUGAGACGGGGGGCGCUGUCCUCCAGGGCGGCUUCCCCACGCCAGCGCGCUGCGACGGCGACGCCUUGCUCUCGGCCCCGCGACACAAUGGCUCCCUUCCGGCGCACGCGCUCUCAUCGGCGGAGGUGGCUAUCCUCAGCCUGGUCUUCUCCAUCCUCUGGAUGGUGUCCGUGCUGGGCAACGCCCUCGUGUGCCUGGUGAUCCACCGCAGCCGGAGGACUCAGUCCACCACCAACUACUUUGUGGUGUCCAUGGCGUGUGCAGACCUGCUGCUGAGUGCCGGCUGCGCCCCCUUCGUCCUGCUCCAGGUGACGUCCGCUCAGUGGGUGCUCAACAACAUGACGUGCAAGGUGGUGCGCUACAUCCAGCACCUCUCCCCAGGGGUUCAGGUCUACGUGUUGCUCUCCAUCUGUGUGGACAGGUUCUACACCAUUGUGUACCCGCUGAGCUUCAAGGUGUCUAGAGAGAAGGCCAAGAAGAUGAUCUUGGCUUCCUGGGCUUUCAAUGCAGCUUUUGUGUCGCCCUGCUUCUUCUUCUACAGCUCAUCGCAUGAUGCCCUCUGCAACUUCUUCCUGCCCGACACGUGGGAGGGCAUUGCCUACGGAGCUAUGCACCUCCUCGCUGGCUUUCUCGUCCCCAUGGUGCUCAUCCUUCUCUUCUACCACAGGGUGGUAAAGUACAUCUGGAGGAUCGGCACGGAUGGCCGCACGGUCAGAAGGACCAUGAACAUCGUUCCCAGGACAAAAGUGAAGACCAUCAAGAUGUUCCUGAUGCUCAAUUCCGUGUUCCUCCUCACCUGGAUGCCCUUCUAUGUGGCCCAGCUGUGGCACCCGAAGGACAGCUUCUCCAGAGAAGGGCUGCUUGUCUUCGUGGCCGUGACCUGGGUCUCAUUCAGUUGCGCCGCAUCCAAACCUACUCUGUACUCCAUCUACAACGCCAACUUCCGCCGAGGCAUGAAGGAGACCUUCUGCAUGUCGUCCAUGAAAUGCUACCGCAGCAAUGCUUACACCAUCACCACCAGCUCUCGGAUGGCCAAGAAGAACUAUGUGGGGGUCCUGGAGAUGCCGGCGCCAGCAAAGACCAUCACUAAAGACUCCAUCUACGAGACGUUUGACCGUGAGGCCAAGGAGAAGAAACUGGCGUGGCCCAUCAACAGCAACCCACCCAACACAUUUGUGUGAACGUGAGGACUGCAAGUACCCGUGACAACGAAAUCUUUACAUGCCUCCAUACUGUCACACUGUAAAUGUCAGUUUGUAACAGACGCUCACAAACACUGCCAGCCUGACAGGAAGCAGAAACUGCAGUGAGGGAAAUAACAACCAGGAACCAUCUUCAGUCUCAUAAAGAACCAUGGAGAGGUGGUGGAGGGGGGAGGGUUCUGGCCAAAUUCCUUAAUUUCUCUGUAAUAUGUUCUUUACCUCCCAUCUAGCUGAUUAUGGUGUCCAUAUUGUCAUCUGUUAUACGGUAUUAUAAAGGCCGUGAAUUCCUACUGCAGCUUUAAAAAUACCACAGUAUUACUUGUUCUUUCUGUCUUUUAUGAAAAAUGUUCUUGAACUGGUAGAGUGUUAUUAAACCCUUAAUUUGGCAUCGGACCAGUGAAGCGGUAAAACAUGGUAAACGUUUGAAUGUAAAAUGCAAUGGAGCUCUGUACAGUGUUCUUCUGAAUGUACCCUGGUGAGUCAUUAGAUCACAGUACACCAAGUUUUACAGUACAGAUGUCCACUGGGCUUCAUUCUCCCUGUCCUGCAGGGAGUGUAAUAUUUAUUGUAAUGUUGGAAUAAGAACAAAAGGAAAAAAAAGUUGAUUAAACUACUGUGCAUUUUAGAGGUGGGAGCCAUAAAUAUUGGUGGAAAGCUCAUCAACUUUUCCUAUUAGCUGCACCUUCUGGUUCCUGGAAGUAUGUUGCGGGGGUCAUUACCAUCGGAUAUCAGUUUAAAUCCUUGCCGAUAUUCCCACCAUGUCAGAACACAGAAUCACAAGCUGCUGUGGAUUCGCUGUACUGAUUUUCUGGGAUGCAACUGGUGAACCGGUAGAAAGGCCGCGUUCACUGUUUUUGUGUUCGUCUGUCUGUUGCCACUGAACAGCUGUUUGGCACGACACACUGCGCCACACGGUUUUUGAGAUGUCCUUCAUGUUGUUUUACACCAUUCUGGCACCACCCAGUUGCUCUAUUUCUGGGACAAUAAACAAUGCACUCCUGCGACAGUGAAGUGCUGCUGGGGCACAUUGAGGGGCGUACAAUGACACUCUUUACCAUAGUGCAGCUGGACUGAACUCCACCUUGGGCUCCUCUAAUGUACGGUAGGGGCUGGAAGCUCUCUUCACUCAAUUUCAUCCAUCCACCAAGUACACAAACAACUGCGAAAAAGCUUUAAAAAGAAAGUGUUAGCACAUUCAACAUAUGCUACAUGAAAGAACUUUCCGGAAGAACUUUAUACACUAACAGAUUAUUUGCGCCAACUG